UGUGAGGUGAAAAUGUCGGGCCGGGAGGCCCCCGAUGGCAAGAAGUUGGUCCGCUCGCCCAGCGGGCUCCGGAUGGUGCCUGAGAGUCGGGCCGCGCGGAGCCCCUUCGGCCUCGAGGAGCCGCCGUGGGUGCCCGACAAGGAGUGUCCCAGAUGCAUGCAGUGCAGUACGAAGUUUGACUUCAUAACCAGAAAGCACCACUGCAGGAGAUGCGGAAAGUGCUUUUGCGACAAAUGCUGCAGCAAAAAAGUGCCUCUUCCGCGUAUGUGCUUUGUUGACCCCGUGCGCCAGUGUGCUGAAUGCGCGCUCAUUUCUCAGAAAGAAACAGAGUUUUACGACAAGCAGCUCAAAGUGCUCAUGAAUGGUGCUACGUUUUUUGUAACUCCAGGGACAUCAGAAAAGUCUGAGACAAUGGUCUGCCGACUUUCCAACAACCAGAGAUAUCUGUUUCUGGAUGGAGACAGCCAUUAUGAAAUCGAAGUUGCACAGAUUUCAACUGUCCAGAUUCUUACAGAGGGAUUUACUCCUGGAGAAAAAGACAUUCACACUUACACCAGCCUCUGGGAAAGCGAGCACAUUACGGAAGGAGGCAAUACUCGUGCUAUAGGUAUGCUCCUUCAGUACAAGGCGCCGGGGUCAGAGGAACUCAAACAGGUGAAAUUUACUGCUGGAGAAGACUUCAAUUCUAACAAGAAACUGUCGGCAACUUGGCUAGCAGCCAUGCACAAGGCAGCAAAACUUCUUUAUGAGUCUCGGGACCAAUAACAACUUCCGAUGUGAGGGGGAAAGAUAAGCUCUAAGAAUAAACUUCUCACUAGUUCACAUGGUAAU